GGCUUCUUUAUAUCUUGCGCUGGAGAAGCUCUGGGAUUUUUUAGAUCACUGUAAAGAUCACCGACAGCUGUAAUGUGCUGCAGAGACUGCUAUUAAAAAGGAUCAUCACUGCAUAUACAUGGCUAUAUUUAGGACUCAAUCUCGUUAUAUUGCAUUAGUGAUUGCUGUUGCAUUCGUUUUGGGUUUUGUGUGGCAGAAGAACCAGAGAUCCUUAAUGGACAUGCUUCAAUACUGCAAUUGGCAAGAUGGGCAAGUGAAGGAAGAAAUCAGAUCUCGAAGUGGACUUCAAAUGAAAAUAGAUGAGGUUUUUAAUAAAAUUCAGAAACUCAUCCCGAAUGUCACAUUCACCUUCUUCAAUGAAAGUACAAGUGGGAAAAAUAGUAACGCUUUUAUAGUAAAUCCCCAGGAAAAACAUUGUGUUGGUGAAGACCUUGUUGUUCAACUUGACAUGUAUGAUUACCUGGGUAAGAGGAAGACUUAUGGGGGAGACUUCAUUAGGACAAGACUCUUUUCCCCAGAGCUUGGAGCAUCUGUGUCUGGAAGAAUAAAAGAUUACAACAAUGGGACCUAUCAUAUCCACUUCCCAUUAUUUUGGAAGGGCAAGGUCAAGGUCUCUGCUAUGUUGUUUCACCCAAGUGAAGGAAUCUCAGCUCUGUGGAGAUCUAGGCACAGCAGUUUAGGGGUUCUUGGUUUCAAGGGAAAAUUUGUAAACUAUUCUCAAGAGGUAGUAACCGACUGCGGCUUCAAAGUUUACACAGACCAAGAUGUUUGUGAGUACCUUGAUCCAGAUGAUGAAGAAGCCUUCUACUGCAUCAAACCUCCUAACCUCUCAUGUGAUCUCUUGAAUGAUAUGAGAGCUUUUGAGCUUGGUGUUUCGUAUCUUACAAAUGAGGAAAAAAAGUUAUUUCAGAGGUCAAAUAUUGCAGUUGAGAUCCCCCAAAAUUUCAAUAUUAUAGAUGCUGCUGAUUGUGAAAGACACAAUACCACUGCAAAUCCAAAAUGUCAAACGGGAAUGAGCUCGCCUUUUCCAAGUGGAUAUUUUUACAAUAACGUCUGGAAGCCUGUUUAUUGCAACAUGACGUUUUAUAAAACGCCAGAGAACUUUACCAAGUGUCUUCAGGGGAAGAAGUUGUAUCUCAUUGGUGAUUCCACACUACGGCAGUUCAUCAUGCAUUUUACAGAGGGCAUAAAAAUUGUCAAUUACUUUGGCUACCAUGAGAAGCAAUGGGCAAAGUGGGCAAAGACACUUUUGGCUCUUAAUAUGGAAAAGGAUAUUUAUGUCUCAUAUAAAAGGCAUGGGUUUCCACUUGAACAUACAUUAUUCUAUUACUUCAAAGAAGACAGGUACACAAGUCGACAAAUUGAUCAAAUAGCUGGGGGAAGAGACACCAUAAUUGUAAUUACCAUGGGACAACACUUCAGACAGUUCCCUCUGCAUCUGUACAUUAGAAGAGCCAUUAACAUUCACAGAGCCAUAGAACGCAUCUUCCUGAGGAGCCCAGAAACCAAAGUCAUUAUUAAAACUGAAAAUACCAGAGAAAUGCAAGCUCCAGUGGAGAGGAUCGGAGACUUUCAUGGAUAUACUCAGUAUCUAGUACUUAGAGAAGUUUUCCAAGGAACCCGUGUUGGAUUUGUGGAUGCCUGGGAUAUGACUGUAUCUUCAGCAACUGCAAACGUCCAUCCUCCAGGAUAUACUUUUCAGAGUAUUAUGAGCAUGACAUUCUCAUUUGCAUGUUAGUAAAAAUCAUUGACAAAAAAAUGCAACUGUCCUUUUCAGUUU